AGAUACCCAACGCCGCUUUGAGCGCUGUAGUUGCCAGAACUCCGAGAAUCCUGCUCGACUACGGUUACACUAGGCUACGAAGCUAGGAAACGGGGGCACCAAAGAAAUUUGAACAGGCUGUUGGUGUUUGCGAUCAUGACCAGGAAGAGAACAGGUGUAACACACCUGCUUGGAUCGCCUUUUUCCAGUAUCAGCUUCUGAAACUUAAAACUGUCGAAACCCGACUUCAACCGAACUCACCUCUUUAUAGACUCCGAUAUAUCGGUAACAUCAUGCAAACGAAACACCCCAAAGGAAUUGAACCUUUGCGCACCUAAAAAUUAGGUUUGACCACGUCGGAUUACGUGCUGCGUUGUCAAAGUCCUUCAAGUCUGUCACCUGUAUACGCGGCUGUCGGACAGUGGCAUGGGGAAUCAGGUGGAGAAAUUGACACAUCUAAGUUACGCAGAAGUUCCGACUGCAGAUCCGAACGGGUUCGACCCGGAGGAUGACUGUCCGCGCAUCGGAGUGUCCUAUAUCUUCUCGAACGAUGACGACGAUCAGGACGACAACCUUGAAGGGACCGACAGAGAGGCAAACGAGGAAGACCAUCAGAGUGACAUGGGGAAUGAGUUGGAGUGUGCCAUUUACUACCGAGAGGAAUGCGUGUAUGAAAGGAGCCUAACAUUGAUAGAAAUGGGAACGCACUCACCUGAAAAUCUUCUGAACAAGUGCAAACCCGGUGACUUAAUUGAAUUUGUUGCUAAUGGUCACUAUCCACACUGGGCAGUGUAUGUCGGAGACUUCCAGGUGGUUCAUUUACACAGGGCAGAGGUUAGAAACAAUUUUUUGACGGACGCCAGUCAAGGCAAAAGAGGCAGAAUAGUCAACGACAUUUAUAAAUUCCGACCAUUGAACCCUGACGUGGUGGUGCAGAACGCAAUGGAGCAAGUCGGAGCUAAAGAUAGAGAGCUAAAUUGGAGAAACUCCGAGUGCUUUGCAGCUUGGUGCAAAUUUGGCAAGCGCGAAUUCAAAAUUGGUGGGGAAAUACGAAUUGGAAAGCAGCCAUACAGGAUGAAGUUACAACUAUCUGAAAAGAGAAGCCACGUUUUGGAAUUUCAAAGUUUGGAGGACUUAAUUAUGGAGAAAAGGAGGAACGACCAAAUUGGCAAAGUAGCAGUCGUACAGGAGCUAUCCAAUCAUCUAAACUGCACAGACGACACGAAGAAUGAGCAGGAUCCCAAUUAAUGGAGUAAAAGCUGUUGGUUUGUUAUUGGAUGUGUGGCCUCUGAAAGAUGACAUGCACUACAACUGUGGAUAGUGACAUGAUCAAUAGCACUCUUGUUAGACAAUGUCAACCAUUAUCUCCGAGUCUUAACCUUUGAUUGGUUGGAACAUAGCUUCCCAUUCCAGUAGAAUAGUUUUGUAAAUGUAUGAAUUUUUAGCCCGAACACUUUUUUACGCACCCGUUUUGUCAAGUGAGCUAAACGCUCAAGUGACUAACUCAGGUGUUAGCUACUUUUUAGGCGUUUAUAAUAAAGCCACUCUUUGGUAUAAGUCACGUAAAGUUGCUUCAGUCAAUACUGUGAUUAAAGCUUUACUCAAUUUUA